AUGGAGGGCGAUAACGAGGAGAGGACAAGACAGCAGCAGGAGGAAGGAAGAAGACAAGAGGAGCAGGAGGGAAGAAGACAAGAGGAGCAGGAGGGAAGAAGACAAGAGGAGCAGGAGGGAAGAAGACAAGAGGAGCAGGAGGGAAGAAGACAAGAGGAGCAGGAGGGAAGAAGACAAGAGGAGCAUGCGCAGGAGGGAAGACAGCAAGAGGAGUACAGGAGACAGCAGGAAGAGUGGGCAAGACAGCAGGAGGUGGACUGGAGGAGACAGCAGGAAGAGUGGGCAAGACAGCAGGAGGUGGACUGGAGGAGACAGCAGGAAGAGUGGGCAAGACAGCAGGAGUGGACAAGACAGCAUGAGGUGGACUGGAGAAGACUGCAGGAGGAAGCGGAGGAACAAAGGAGAGCACGAUGGCCUCGAGUCAUGGGCACUCGCGUGCCACCAGCAGUGCCGCCGCCGCAGUAUGCGCCCUGGCCACUAGGAUUGUUUGAUACCAGUCACAAUCUAAACCAGACGGGCCAAAACAACAACAGAGGCGGGGGGAACAGAGGACGCAAUCGCCGUCGCAACAACGCUCACACUACACCUUAUACAAGAAGCAAUAUGGGACGGGGGGAGGGGAAUGGACAGGGGGAGGGGAAUGGACAGGGGGGUGGGAAUGGACAGGGGGGUGGAAAUGGACAGGGGGGUGGGAAUGGACAGGGGAAUGGGAAUGGACAGGGGUAA